UGUCGAUUUUGAGAUCUUAUUAUGAUUAAAUAAACCCUGGUUUUCGGGCAGGCUCACCACAGAGUCGUGCGCCCCCUGUGUCAAAUGAAAACAACAAUGGCCACCUGUAACGGCGGCAGCGGCGCGAAGCAACGCGGCAAACGGCUCCGCACUCGCGAUAACACGCGGCGCAGCAGCCACUGCAGCCACAGUGGUAACAGCAAGGCGGAAAAGGCGGGAGGAGCUGCCGCUUCCGCGUCCGCGCAGCACAGAGGCGCAGGGGCAAAAUGGACGAAAAGUUAAUAUUGGCCGUAUAUAAUUAUCCAGAGCUUUACAACGUGACUUUACCGAACUACCGCUGCACAGAGAGUCGAGCAAGUGCCUGGAGAAACAUUAGCCUCGUACUUGGUCAACCGUCUGAGGAGUGCAAAAGAAAAUGGAAGAACAUGAGGGACCGGUAUUUAAAGGAGGUCCGGAUGGAGAUCAAAAGCAAGAAGCAAGGGGAGCUCAUUCACAGCAAGUGGAAAUACAGGCAGAUUAUGAACUUUAUCGCCCCCUUUACCGGCUCCAGGUGUGGACUGGCAGACAUCUGCGGUAACGACGAGGACGACCACGACCAACCUGACAAUGACUCUGGCAGCAUGGAGGGAGAAACCACAUCUUCUGACAUUGUCAGAACCCCCCAGUCUGUUAUGAAGUCGCCCAUUAGUCCACCUGACCUCAAGCCUCAGGUGGGGCUGGUGCCACUGGUUCCCUCAAUGACUCAGGAGACACAGAUGACCCAGCUGGCUGCUACGGCCAGGCUGACCUCAAACACACCCCUGGGUAAGGGUGGAAGAAAACGACGCCCGGCUCCAGAUUCGCUUUCGCCUCACGCCUCUCAGAACACGCACUCCCCAGCAAAAUGGUUCAUCAAAGACAAUGGGACAAUGGGAAGCAGACCCCGGGAUGAGGACGAACUAUUUCUGUUGAGCUUUGUUCCCGCUCUGAAACGACUCGCUCCGCAGAAAAGGUGUGAGACAAAAAUAAAGAUCCAGCAGAUUCUGUACGAAGCAGAGUUCAACAUCUCACAGGACAAACACAGGGAGCAGGAGACCAGGGACUAGAUCAGUCCGACUGUUUUUGUACUUUAUUUUGUUUUUAUAUAAAGCUCUUCCACAAAAUG